AUGGAUCCACUCAGUAUUACCGUCUCAGUCUCAUCCCUGAUCGUGGUCUGCACCCGUAUCAUAAAACUCUCUUCCGAUGUUAGCAACGCAUACCGAAGCGCAAGCUUUGUGCUAUCAGCAAUCGCAUCAGAAUGCGCGGUUAUCUCCGCCUCGUUAACCAGACUGCAAAACAUGUUAUUAAGCCAGCCUGAAAGAGCCAGCCCGUUAGCGGAGAGUCUCGAAACUGCUUUGCUAGGAUGCGCUUUGACAAUGUCUGUUCUGCAAGAACAACUGGGAGGUCUUGCAAAUGAGACUGAGGACGGCCAGUUGAAGGCGAAAAAGUUCAAAUAUGUGCUUGAACAGGAUUAUUUGAAGGAAUUACUUCAACAGGCUCGCGGGCAACAAGUAUCUAUCACUUUGCUGCUGCAGACCUAUCAGAGCGAGUCGCUCACAAAAAUCGAGCAAUCAAUGCAGGACUACAACAAAAUCUUGAAGCAUAUGGCCGAUAAAGGUAUUUCGUUAUGGCGUGGGGCUCAUUCAUCAGGAGGCUUUCCAGUUCCAACUGCAAUUGUCGGCAACAACGAAACAGACUCUGUCUUUGAGCUUUCCUCCAUUAUCACAGACACCCGCUUCGAUUUUGAUGACCAAGUCAUCGACUCCAAAGCUUAUCGCCGGGCUCUUGUGAACCUGCGACAAGCGCAAGCCUACUCAGGACAGCCUGGUUUUAACUUUAGUAAGUAUCAGGAAAUACCCGACAACCUUGGAGAUGAGGCGACAUUGCCGCAGACAGAAUUUACGCUCCCCUCUAUACAUACGCCCGAGUUUUUCGGAGAGAGUCACUACGGACUAGGGAUAGAUACUCCGUCUGAUGAGGAGGUCUUGGAUAUCCCUGUGCCAACACCUGCUGGGAACGGGGAGACUUUGAGCGUAGUGGCAGAAUCAACGUCCGAUGAAACUGUAUAUAUACACCCACAGUUUCUGUUUGGUCAGGCGGAAUACAAGGAUCCUAAGGAUUCCCGGCCUCAGAGCGCAGGACAAGGAACGUCGCCAAGGGAAACUACCCCGGAUGGACAAUAUCUCUGGUCCGCUGGAAUGUUCACCGGGCUUGAGGAUAACCAUUCCGUAUCAUUACACUUUCACCCUCAGAUGGAAAAUUUCGAGCCUGGGUUUAAAACCGGAGAACAUAUAAUGGGUUCAGCUUCACCAAUUUUGGAACAACCACCGCCAAAACCAUCAAAACAAGCAAGCGAAGCUGUUGCAGAAACAUCGCCAAAGCGGUCCCCAUGGAACUUUCAGCGACUCUUCUCAGGUCUAAUUAAGCCUCCGUCUAAUCUAGUUCCAGGACAAUCUCUAUUCGGGACUGGGGCUGAGAUAAGGCGUAAACUGGUGCUUGUGGGCGACCCCUGUGGCAAGACCUGCUUAGCAGUGGUAUUUUGCAAGGGCUUCUUCCCUAAAGUCGACAUGCCAACCAUCUUUGAAAACUAUGUCGCUGACGUCGAAGUCGAUGGGAAGUACGUAGAGCUGGCUGUAUGGGAUACCGCCGGUCUAGGUGACUAUGACUCUCUGAGGCCGUUAAGUUACCCAGAUUCUCACGUUGUGCUUUUAUGCUUUUCGGUGGCGAACAGAGAUUCUUAUGACAAUGUCAAAGAGAAGUGGAUCGGCGAAGUUCUACAUUUUUGUCGGAGUAUACCCAUCAUCCUAGUUGGGACGGAAAAAGACUGCCGAGAUAGAGGUGCGCCUUACCCGUAUGGGGAUACGGGAGCACCAGUAACCACAGAGGAGGGAGAAGAACUGCGGCGGAAGAUUGGGGCCGAAAAGUACAUUGAAUGCUCGGCUAAAACGAAUGAAGGGGUUCGCGAAGUCUUUGAAACUGCCACUAGAUUAGCGCUAACAGCUCGGCCUCAAAAAAGGAGGAAGAGGCGCUUAUAA